CACGAAUCACUGCAGUGAGUGUGGAUAGAGACAGAAAACAGAGUUGAAUUGAAUGGCGCUGGUGCGUGUCUUCCCAACCAUCACUCUUCCUCGUCUUACUUCAACACUUUCCCUUACAAGAACAAACAAAUUCAUGGUUCGGAGCUCUAAUCUUCAACUCAAAACCCAACCCAAUGACUCACGCAAGUUAGUUUUAGAAGUGAAGGAUAAGCUUGAAAAAGAAUACCAUAGUCUUCCCGUUGGUAGAAAUGGUAGGGAUGAUGAAGAUAUGAUACUAUGGUUUCUCAAAGAUCGAAAAUUUGAUGUUCAAGAAGCUGUUUCUAAAUUGACUAAAGCCAUUAAAUGGCGUCAAGAUUUUGAGGUGUCUAAAUUGACUGAAGAAACUGUUAAAGAUGUUGCUCAAACUGGAAAAGCAUAUAUACAUGAUUUUCUAGAUAUCAAUGACAGGCCUGUGCUUGUGGUGGUGGCAGCAAAGCAUUUUCCUAAAGCACAGGACCCUGCAGAUGAUGAAAAGUUAUGCGUUUUCUUAAUUGAGAAGGCAUUGAGUAAGCUACCAACUGGGAAAGAACAGAUACUUGGAAUAUUUGAUCUCAGAGGGUUUGGUACAGAAAAUGCUGAUCUUAAAUACUUGACAUUCUUGUUUAAUGUGUUCUAUUAUUACUAUCCAAAGCGAUUAUCUCAAGUACUAUUUGUAGAUGCUCCUUUUGUGUUUAAACCAAUUUGGCAGCUUACCAAGCCGAUGUUAAAAUCAUAUGCUUCUCUGGUAAGGUUUUGCUCUGCAGAAACUGUUAGGAAGGAAUAUUUUACCGAUGAAACUUUGCCACCAAACUUCAGAGUUUGAAAGUUAUAUUUGGAAGAUAUGAAAAAUUGCAGUAAACUUUACAGAACUACUCUUGUUUAGCAUUUAUCUUGGACUUUGAAAGACCAUUAUGUGGAUCUGACAACAGUAACAGACCAUUUUGUUUACUAGGAAAAAAAUGGUUUCUUCCUUUUAAGACUAGUGAGAAUUCUGAGAGGAGUUUUAGAAGAACCAUGCUAGUAUAGACAUCGCAUUUUGUUGUUUCUUCCUAUGUCUGAUAUAUAGGAAUCUAAGAGGAACUAUGCUGGAGAUAGGGGAAUUAUAUUAGUGUGCUGAGAUUGAAAUCAACUCCUUUAUUAAGAGCAGUACUAUAUAGAGGCAAUACUGAAGAGGCAAGUUCAUAAACCUGGAAGACCGGCGUUGUUUCAACCAUCCGAUCUGAGGAGAAAUAAUAAUUUUUCAGUUUAUUGUUUUUCUUUUUUAUGUGCAUUUGCAGGUUAUAUGUUUAACAAUAUCUCUUGUAUAAGUGGCACAAAAUGAAAUACAUGAUAAUUCUUUUUCCUCAAGUCAUUACAAUGCAAAUACAAUAUUUGGCUGUUAUUAUGA